GUCACUCUGUCACUCACAAAGAUGGCGGCGAAGCACCGCGCGGGCCGGCGGGCGGCGGGAGCCGGAGCGGUUCGGGUGGCCGACGAGACUGAGCAAUCGGUGCCGUUACAGGCCGUGUUGGUGGCGGACAGCUUCAACAGGCGCUUCUUCCCCAUCACCAAGGACCAGCCGCGGGCUCUGCUCCCCCUUGCUAAUGUAGCACUAAUCGAUUAUAGCCUGGAGUUUCUCACAGCAACUGGUGUCCAAGAGACCUUCGUUUUCUGCUGCUGGAUGGCCCCGAAGAUCAAAGAACACAUUCAGAAUUCGAAGUGGAACCGUCCCACCUCUUCAAAUACCAUCCACAUCAUGAGUUCUGAGUCGUAUCGCUCUUUGGGGGAUGUGUUACGGGACGUGGAUGCAAAGUCACUUGUCCGCUCAGAUUUCAUACUAAUUUAUGGAGAUAUUGUAUCCAAUAUUAAUGUGACCAAAGCACUGGAGGAACACAAGGCUCGACGGAAGUUGGAGAAGAACGUGUCUGUCAUGACAAUGAUUUUCAAACAGUCAUCACCAGGUCACAGGACAAGGAGUCAGGAGGAUGAUAUCAUUGCAGCCGUGAACAGCAAGACCAGCCGUGUGCUACACUAUCAGAAAGCCCACAAGCUUAAGAAAUUCCAAUUUCCCAUGCACCUGUUUCACGGUAACAAUGAUGAGAUUGAAAUCCGGCAUGAUCUACUCGACUGUCACAUUAGCAUCUGUUCCCCACAGGUAGCAGAACUGUUCACAGAUAACUUCGAUUAUCAAACCAGGGAUGAUUUCGUGAGGGGGAUUCUUGUAAAUGAAGAGAUAUUGGGCAAUCAGAUUCAUAUGCACGUGACAGCAGAUGAAUAUGGGGUGAGAGUCUCCAACCUACUCACGUACGAAGCCGUGUGUUCCGAUGUCAUCCGCCGCUGGGUCUACCCAUUGACACCGGAGAUGAACUUUUCAGACGAUGAGAGAGGUUUCAGUGUCCACCUGCGCCACAAUGUCUACCGAGGCUCAGAAGUCAGCCUGGGUCAGGGCAGUGUGUUGGAAGAAAACGUUGUCAUUGGUAAAGGCACUGUCAUAGGAAGGAACUGUUUUAUAACAAACACCACCAUUGGUCACAAUUGCUUUAUAGGAGAUAACGUGAAACUUGACCAAGCAUAUAUCUGGAAUAAUGUCACCAUCGGAAAUGGAGUGGAAAUCUGCAGAUCAGUUGUGUGUAGCCAAGUGGAAGUUAAGCCUGGAGUCAAACUCAACACGCAUGGUGUUUUAGCGUUUAAUGUGGUUGUGGGGCCAAAUAUAUCCUUUCCUGAGGGAACUGUCAUCUCGAUGCAUCUGCCAGAUGAAGAGGACGAUGAGGAUGAGUUUGGCGAUGACACAGGAGUGAACGAUGCACCAUCGAAAACGAAGGUGAAAGGGUACAACCCAGCUGAAGUAGGAUCGGAGGGUGUGGGAUAUAUAUGGAGAGUCCCCACUGAGCAAGAAGAUGAAGAGGAAGAGCUGGUGCAUGACAUGUGGGGUCUGAAUCUGAAGCCUCAGUCAGGGAGCGAGAGUGAGAGUGAAAUGAGUCUCUGCUCACAAGAGGAAGAGGACAGAAGUAUUUCACCCCAGCUGGAUGACGUGAAAGUAUUUCAGAAUGAAGUUCUUGGCACCUUGCAGCGAGGGCUGGAGGAAAAUAUUUCCUGUGAUCACCUUGUGUUGGAGAUUAAUUCUCUCAAGUAUGCCUACAACAUCACCAUGAAGGAUGUGACACAGCUCACUACCAAGGUGGUCCUGGAAAUGCCACUCCAACAGCACAGACCUGAACUCUCUGCCACACAGUAUGGCAAUGCUCUCAUUUCACUUUUGAAGAAGUGGUCACAGGUGUUUAAGAACUACAUCAAGCGGGCCAUUGAUCAUCAGAAUUGCUUGGCUGCUAUCGAGGAGUUUUUCAUCGAACAUGAGGCACUGUGGUCUGUCAUCGUCAAGGUGCUGAUGACUCUGUACCAGCUGGAAGUGUUGGCAGAAGAGGCUGUUCUGCGUUGGUUCUCUCAGACCACAUCAACAGAGAAAGCAAAACGGCUUCGAAAGCAUCAGGGGGUCCAGAGGUUCAUCAAAUGGCUAAAGGAGGCAGAGGAAGAAUCGUCCGGAGGAGAGGACUGACCAGUAGAUCACAUGCAGCACCACUGUUGAACUGAAAUGACCACUUGGUUGGCUGACCUGAAUCUCAUUUAGUCUGUUAUAUAAUUUUAAAUGGAAGGAGUAAAGAGUUUAUCAGAUUUAAAGUUUUAA